UUCAUAACAUAUUGUAGUUUUAGGAACAUAAAACUGUAUUGAGAUCAAAUGUUUCAUCUAUGAGAAAAUGUGCAGAAUGUCAGCCAAAAUCCAUCUCGUACCAUCUUCUCCUCUACUGCCGGCCAGUGGGCUUCCUCUCACUACCACAUUUGGUAAUGAGUGAAAACGCGAAGCGGAUGCUUCACAUUUAUACAUCCGGUGAGAUAUCUGUCUCACUGAGGUAAUUAGGCUUUUGCCGCGUUCACAUACUAGCCGAAAAACUAGGAAACUCGUAUAACUACAACCAGUUACCAAGUCAGAAUUAACGAGUUUCCUAGUUCUGGCUAGCAUCUGAACGCGGCAUAUUACCCGCAUCCACCAUUCUCCCGGAUGACAGAAUGAACCGAAGGGGUAUAUCGACCUCGCCAAUUUGUAGUCCUAAAAAACGGAAAUCCGUUGCCUCUGGUUCGUUCAGCCAUUCACAUGGGGAAAAUGAACGAGGAAAGAAUAUGGUUUUGGGGUAAAGGCGGAAAAUAAAGUCUGAGGUUAGCACAGGUUUAGGAGAUCCUAUACGUUUUGUUCUAUGAUAUAUCAGUCAGUUAAUAUGACCUUUAAAAAUUAUGAAGACUUAUGUGCUUUUUUUCUUCUUAAUAAACGCUUAAAAAUGCACAAAAAGUGACGUUAGCUGAAUAAUAUAUCCUAAGCCUGUGUUUACCACAUACCUUAUUUUCGGCAUUUAUCCAAAAACCCUACAAAAACUCCAUUCAUUUUGUACAACGAACCAUGGCGGAGUUGGUGCAUACAAAAAGACGCCAUUACUAUGUAUCUCUAUAACAGAGUAGGAUUUCAGAACGUGUCGUUCACUGAAGGCGCACCCGGUCAGCGCGCGUAGUUUGUUUACCAACUGCGCUGGCGCAAACUUGUCAAUAUUGCCACCCAGCAGGAUUCAAACAAAGACGUUAGCCAUAAUUUGACAGCUCGACCAUGUCUGCCUCCGCCGCUAGAGAUCCUGUUGCUAAAAAGAAGCAUGUUCGUUUCGCUAGAAUGGAGGAGGAUGAUGAUGAUAACGAUGACCAAGAGGAAGAUACUCUGUUUGACAAGAGGAAAGACACGAGACGAGGGCUGAAGAGUGUAAUGAAAGGGAGGAAGAGAAGUUCGAAUUCAGAGUUCGAUGAUGAGGUUGAAAUCAUCGAUGGAGGUGGCAGGGCCAGCGGUCCUGGAGGCUGCAGCAGCUGGAUGAUCACCUUAGCGCUCUGUGCGUCAUUCCUCGGCCUGGGGAUGAGUAUCUCUGUCUUAGGCCCCACAUUUCAAGACCUUGCCAUCAACGUCAACCAGAACAUCAGCAACAUCUCCUACAUCUUCGUAGGCCGCUCGAUGGGCUAUAUAGGCGGCUCUGUGUUGUCCGGGAUUCUCUUUGACUGCAUGAACAGCCAUCUGCUGCUGGGCUUCUCCAUGCUGGUCACAGCGUUUGGGAUGUUUGCCAUCCCUUUCUCUAAGACGGCCCUUCUCCUCACUGCCCUGAUGUCCAGUAUUGGAGUUUCCAUGGGCUUUCUAGAUACAGGCGGUAAUGUCCUGAUCCUGCAGACGUGGGGGGAUCAGGCUGGCCCCCACAUGCAGGCCUUGCACUUCAGCUUCGCUGCUGGGGCCUUCGCCUCACCCAUCAUCGCCAAGCUGCUGUUUGGAACGGACCUAGACGUGGCUACAAACAGCAGCAUGGAAGCCUCGGUGGCAAACUCCACCUCCCCAUCUGUCACAGACCACGUGCCCCAAACCGUGUCCUCUCCUACGGUUAUUCGCUUCGUCCACAGUAGCAGCACCCUCAAGUCCAUGUGGGCCUACGUUGUGAUCGGUGGUUUCAUCCUGUUCGUCUCCCUCGUCUUCUUCAUCCUUUACACCCGCCACAGCCCCUCUAGUGGCAGGACCCAGACCCCCUCAGGGAAACCCCUGGUGUCCAAGCACCACAACGCACUCAUCGCUAUGCUCUUUGUCUUCUUCUUCUGGUACGUGGGGGCCGAGGUGGCAUACGGUUCCUUUAUCUUCACCUAUGCUAAGGAUUACAUUCAUAUGGACGAGGCCCAGGCAGCAGGGCUCAACUCCCUGUUCUGGGGAACGUUCGCUGCCGGCCGGGGCCUGGCUAUCUUCUUUGCGACCUGCAUGCACCCAGGCACCAUGAUUCUACUGAGCCUGGUGGGCUGCACCCUGUCCUCCCUGUUCCUCACCCUCUUCAACAGCAACAGGGUGGCCCUGUGGGUCUGCACUGGUGUCUACGGUGCCUCCAUGUCGACCACUUUCCCCAGUGGGAUCUCCUGGGUGGAGCAGUACACCACGGUGACCGGGCGCUCUGCUGCGGUGUUUGUGGUGGGGGCGGCCCUGGGGGAGAUGGUGCUGCCCGCCUUAGUGGGCUUCCUACUGGGAAGGAUCCAUGAUCAGCCCUUGCUAAUGUACCUGGCCCUGGGCACCGCCACCAUCACCUCCAUCCUCUUCCCCUUCAUGUUCUGGCUGGCCUCGUCCCCCAGCGGCCCCGGUAGGACACCUCGCACCAGGAGCCACAUGGAGCCUGAUGACAGCGAGUACCGCCAAGCCUUGCUGGACUCGGGCGCCAAUGAUGAGGAAGAGGAGCAGGAGCAGCAGCGGGAACAGAAGCAGGAUGACGAGGCCGACCAGUGGAAUGAUGCCGACUUCGAGGUCAUCGAGAUGGAUGACGCCAGCCUUAUGAUCUCUCCUAAUAAAGCGGCGCUCUCUUCUCCGAGCAAAUCGCUCUCUUUAUCUCCUAAUAAAGUGUUGUCAUCUCCUAACAAAGGGCUUCCACCACCUGAUGUUGCUGGGACAUCAGGGGACACUACUGCCACAUCUGUCCCCGCUACUCUCCAGUCCCUCGAGCCAACAGUUGGGGCCUCUUUCUCAGACUCUAUCUCUCUCCAGGGAGACUCACCCAGACGGAAACUGCUGCGUUCCCUGGACCGGCAGAAGAGAGACUAGGGGCUAGAUUCAGUCAGAUCAAGCAUUAACCGGCGAUUGCCGACACCCCCAUAGCUGGUGUUUUGGUUGUGUAUCUGCAUUAGAGCUGUCAAAUCGGAGCUGCUGCUCUCGUGGUCAUUGUCACGAAGCCAUACUCGUCCCACUCAUGUUAGAAGUCCAGAACGAGAAAGUGUAGAUUAUAUAGAAAUAAUGACGCUCAAAUGUAAAAUCAUUAAACAAAAUUAGGAUGUCUAUCAGCCUAAUCGAAGUGUAGAUUUAUAUCUCACAUUCCAUUAAACAACUUGUAAACAAGAUGCAUGGGAUUUCUCUUAAUGCGACUACGUGCAGCCAAUGGCAAUAUCCGCUUUAGGUAUAAUGCCGGGAGCCACUUGUGGAUUUGACAGCUCUAAUGCAGUUCCACCUCUGACACUCUGCCUGGGAGCCCGUGAUUCAAUCGGAUUAACAGUAAGGCCGGGAUUCAAUCCUAAAGCCAGGAUUGCAUCCGAUACAUUUACAGUCAAUGCUGCAUAUGUCGAAAUUACCUUUAAAUUGUGCAUUGUCACGAAGUGCGAUCGGAAUGAAUACCGGCCUAAGGGCUCUAGUCUGAGAAAUGCGCCAUUACUCCAAGUGCUUUAAAGACAUUCCUGUAUUCUAGAAGAGCCAUGGCUCUCUUCAGAAAAACUUGUUGAUGUCUGAUUGUCCGUGACUGUAAUCUGACCUGUUUAGUUUAACACACAUGUAAAUGUUUGAUACUACAGAUUUACAGUGCAAUAUAAUUUACUCCACUCCUACACAGCUUAUGUCUGCUACAUCAUUUGAAGCUGUAUGCUGUGGUGGAAAUGGAAUUUGUUUAAACAUUAAGACCCCUUGCUGGCAAUGAAUUAUAACAGUUACAUUAGUGAUUUCACAGUAGUUUUAUUUUUUUAUUUUACCUUUAUUUAACUAGGCAAGUCAGUUAAGAACAAAUUCUUAUUUUCAAUGACGGCCUAGGAACAGUGAGUUUAACUGCCUGUUCAAGGGCAGAACGAUGGAUGUUGUACUUUGUCAGCUCGGGGAUUUGAACUUGCAACCUUUUGGUUACUAGUCCAAUGCUCUAACCACUAGGCUACCCUGCCGCCCCACUAAAUGUUUCUUUUCCUUUAGAUAUCCUAAUUUUCUUUGUCAUAUUUAUAUUUAGUAAAUAUUUGAAUUAUCAGCCGUUAAAGAUAGGAAUUUUGAAUCAUUUGUUUUUGUCAGACCUUUGUUUGAAUAUAUGUCGCAUUCAAGUGCUAGUUGGAACUAGGCAACUCAAACAUGUUAGACUUGCUAACUCGUUGUAGAAAGAUGUUCCCGAGUUUCCCACUUAGAAAGUAUCAGAAUCAAGCCUCUGGGCAAAGAUGUAAAAUCAAAUCAAAUUUUAUUAGUCACAUGCGCCGAAUACAACAAGUGUAGACCUUACAGUAAAAUGCUUACUUACGAGCCCCUAACCAACAAUGCAGUUUAAUUAGAUGUUCAGGAGUCUUGUGGCUUGAGGGUAGAAGCUGUUUAGAAGCCUCUUGGACCUAGACUUCGUGCCCUGGUACCGCUUGCAAUCAGAGAGAACAGUCUAGGACUAGGGUGGCUGGAGUCUUUGACAAUUUUUAGGUCCUGGAUGGCAGGAAGCUUGGCCCCAGUGAUGAACUGGGCCGUACGCCCCAACCUCUGUAGUGCCUUGCGGUCAGAGGCCGAGCAUUUGCCAUACCAGGCAGUGAUGCAACCAGUCAGGAUGCUCUUGAUGGUGCAGCUCUAAAACCUUUUGAGGACCCAUGUCAAAUCUUUUCAGUCUCCUGAGGGGGAAUAGGUUUUGUUGUGACCUCUUCACAACUGUCUUGAUGUGCUUGGACCAUGUUAGUUUGUUGGUGAUGUGGACACCAAGGAACUUGAAGCUCUUGAAGCUUGAGAAUAGGGGUGUGCUCCGUCCUUUUCCUGUAGUCCACAAUCCUCCUUUGUCUUGAUCACGUUGAGGGAGAGGUUGUUCUGGCACCACACGGCCAGGUCUCUGACCUCCCUAUAGGCUGUCUCGUCAUUGUCGGUGAUCAGGUCUACCACUGUUGUGUCAUCGGCAAACGUAAUGAUGGUGUUGGAGUCGUGCCUGGCCGUGCAGUCAUGAGUGAACAGGGAGUACAGGAGCGGAUUAAGCACCCACCCCUUAGGGGCACAUGUGUUGAUGAUCAGCGUGGCGGAUGUGUUAUUACCUACCCUUACCACCUGGGGGCGGCCAAUAUCUAUUCCAUACUGGUUCAACAGAAUUGAAUUACAAUGACGUGGAAAUGAUUCAACCAGUGUAUGCCCAGUGGGAAUCACUACACAAAUAAUUUACAUUAAUUUUUAUCUCAGAGGUUCCGAGUUUCCGAUAGCACAUGAACACAGCAUUUCUCUCACUUUUCUGUAAACAUUUUUUUUAUUUAAGUCUUGUGCUGUGAUGAAUUGUCUAGUAAUCUGUAGUUUUUCAAUUCAGAUGUGUGAUCUUUGUUAAAGUUGAUCACGUUUGAAUUUUUGUAUUAAAACAAAUCAAAGCCAUGAAAAAUACUAAAACACAAAGACUAGAGAAUUUAAUACAUUGAGUUUUAUUAUAUCAAUCUUCAACCUCCACCCACAGCAAUGUCCAUUAAAAACAAAGCAAGAAACA